AUGUCCCUCGAUAAGCUUUCAUUGAAUGUUCCACAACAAGCUUUGUUUGAAUGUCUCAUUUUGUUCUUCUCAUGUCUAUCUAUCUAUCUAUCUAUCUAUCUAUCUAUCUAUCUAUCUAUCUAUGUUUAUUCAUUAUCUAUCUAUCUAUCUAGUUUUAUCAGUUCAUUAUCUAUCUAUAUAGUUUUGUUUGUUAUCUAUCUAUCUAUCUAUCUAUCUAUCUAUCUAUCUAUCUAUCUAUCUAUCUAUCUAGUUUUGUUUGUUUCUAUCUAUCUAUCUAUCUAUCUAUCUAUCUAUCUAUUUUGUCUGUUCACUAUCUAUCUAUCUAUCUAUCUAGUUUUGUCUGUUCAUUCUCUAUCUAUCUAUCUAUCUAUCUAUCUAGUUUUGUUUGUUACCAUUCUAUCUAUCUAUCUAGUUUUGUUUUUGUCUGUUAUCUUCUAUCUAUCUAUCUAUCUAUCUAUCUAUCUAUUUGUCUGUUUUGUUAUCUAUCUAUCUAUUGUCUAUUAUUUUGUUUGUUCGUUAUCUAUCUAUCUAUCUAUCUAUCUAUCUAUUUUGUCCAUCUUAUCUAUCUAUCUAUCUAGUUUUGUCUGUUCGUUAUCUAUCUAUCUAUCUAUCUAUCUAUCUAGUUUUGUCUGUUCGUUAUCUAUCUAUCUAGUUUUGUCUGUUCAAAUUAUUAUCUAUCUAUCUAUCUAUCUAUCUUGUCUGUUUUUCUAUCUAUCUAGUUUUUUUUGUCUGUUCGUUAUCUAUCUAUCUCUAUCUAUCUAUCUAGUUUUGUUUGUUCGUAAUCUAUCUAUCUAUCUAUCUAUCUAUCUAGUUUUGUAUUCGUUAUCUAUCUAUCUAUCUAUCUAUCUAGUUUUGUUGUGUUCGUUAUCUAUCUAUCUAUUUUGUCUAUAUUAUAUCUAUCUAUCUAUCUAUCUAGUUUUGUCUGUUCGUUAUCUAUCUAUCUAUCUAUCUAUCUAUCUUCAAUCUAUCUAUCUAUCUAUCUAUCUAGUUUUGUCUGUUCGUUAUCUAUCUAUCUAUCUAUCUUAUCUAUCUAUCUAUCUAGUUUUGUCUGUUCGUUAUCCUAUCUAUCUAUUUUUUUUGUUCCUAAUCUAUCUAUCUAUCUAUCUAUCUAUCUAUCUAUCUAUCUAUCUUUUAGUUUGGUCUGUUCGUUAUCUAUCUAUCUAUCUAUCUAUCUAUCUAUCUAUCUAUCUAUCUAGUUUUGUCUGUUCUUUUGUCUGUUCGUUAUCUAUCUAUCUAUCUAUCUAUCUAGUUUUGUCUGUUCGUUAUCUAUCUAUCUAUCUAGUUUUGUUUGUUCGUAAUCUAUCUAUCUAUCUAUCUAUCUAUCUAUCUAGUUUUGUCUGUUCGUUAUCUAUCUAUCUAUCUAUCUAUCUAUCUAGUUUUUUUUGUCUGUUCGUUAUCUAUCUAUCUAUCUAUCUAGUUUUGUUUGUUCGUUAUCUAUCUAUCUAUCUUUUUGUCUGUUCGUUUUGUUUGUUCCUAAUCUAUCUAUCUAUCUAUCUAUCUAUCUAUCUAUCUAUCUAUCUAUCUAUCUAG